CAUCAAAUGUUAAGCCAUGGUGAGAUACCAACUUAAAUGUGUCCGGCUUUGCAUCCCGCUCACUAGCACUAAUAACUUCCUGUCCCACCUCUACCUUCUCUGUCAAUCUGUUGAAAAGUCUAAACAAAUCUGCUUUCCUCAUUGAGUUGAGCAGCUGCAGGCACAGAUGUACUAGAAAGAGAAUCUGCUUCACAACUGUGGCAGCGUGAGUGAUAAGUUGGUCGAGUCUCUCAUGGUAAUCAGAUUCCAUUAACCACUCAUACUGCGCUUUAGGUUUGGUGACACUCUUGUGGGGUGAUGCAAGCGCUAUUUUUGCCUCAAUGUUUGUGAGAGGCGAAUGACUUGUUUUCUCUUCCCAGCUCCCAUACAACAACGUCCCGCGUGUCCGGCGGAGUGAAACCCUUGCAGUGUUGAUGUGAAAUGUUGUAGUCUCUGUAGGAUCCAGGAGCUAUAGAGAGCUAUGGUAUUUAUGCUACCGGUACUAAAAUAGCAGAUGAUCAUUUAUAUUUCAUCCGUUGACACCAAAGAGUUGCUUGCCCUCGCUAACUCCUUCCUGUGUUACAACUCUGGCCUUACCGGCAACUAUUUUGGUCGGGUGUGCUUAGUUCUGUAAGCGCUUUUUUGAACAUGGAUUUGUACCGUGGACUACUGCCGUUUUUCAAGUCAAGUGUUGUAUUUGGUGUUUUUGUAUGGAGGUCUUCACUAAAAGGCCUGUGAGAAAUGUACUGUGAUGCACAGCAACUUUGGUUUCAAUUCUGACGGAUACUCUUUAUAAUGGAUUUGUUUUAGGAUUAAAUACAGAACUUAAAAAGGAAUUGCACAAUGUAACAGUCAUUAUCUGAUGACUGUGCACGAAGUGUCAAACAAAGGUAACUCUGCCUUAGACUGAAGAAACUGGGCAUACACAUUCAUUAUGAGCAACCAGGAGAAGCGCCAUACAAGCUCCAAAACAAGCACCAAAACAAGCACCAAAACAAGCACCAAAACAAGCACCAAAACAAGCACACUGCACCUCCGCUAUCUUGCCAGUUUUAUGGAUGAAAUAGAUCGGGAGGUAGUGAGCCUGACGGAUCGAGCUUUCAAGAGUCUGUGCAUUGGAGAUGAAGCAAUCUACAAUGACUCAGAGUUCUCCCCUUGCCAUGUCAGCUGCCACAAACCACGGGUUGAAGAUGUCUCGAAAAAGGAGAGCUUAUUUUCUGCUGUCAAAAAACUUGAUUCUUACCCCCUCAAUGGAGUAAAUAAUGCACUGGGAAGAUCAAAUAAGAACUCAUUAAAAGAAACAUCACAUCCUGCCAACAAGAGUAAUGACGGAGCCAAUAUGACAAAUGGUGAUUCAUGGGAUAAGUCUGCUCUCCUCAGUAUCCAAAGGGAGCUCUCCGAGUUUUCCUCAAAUUAUCACAAUUUAUCGAUGGAACAGCUUUCCUCAGUCAAGAAUAAUUUUUAUUCAGAUGACAAAGAAUCUGCCAAGAAAUCAAGCAAAGACUCAUUAAUUCCCUCAGGAAAAUCUCCUAAGUGUAAACAUAACAAAAACAACAAACUGAAAAAACUAAAUUGCAUAAACUUUUUCCUUCACAGUGAAUUCAGCCCAUUCCUGUCAUGGAGGGAUUUACAUACAUUUUCCAUUGGGCAAGAUCACAUUUCAGAGAUUAUGUUGAGCAACAGACAGUCCGAAUGGUAUGAUUCACCUCUUUACAAGGAAUUAACAGCAGCACAUGAACGCUAUAAAUCACAAGCUCAUCCGUCAGAGGAAAAAGAAGUCGAAAAGUGCCCAAUACAAACAGAGACUCAUCAGGUUAAAGUGCAAACUGAAUCUAUACAAUCCACAUCACCCAAUGUAGCUCCAAAACCAAAGAAAGAGGUAGAGUGUGUUCAGCAUGAUAUAAUCACUAAGGCUCCUUUGCUUGCCGAUGAACAAAGAUGUAAUUUAGAAAAAGUGGAACCUUGCGCUCCCUGGCGCACCAACAACAGCAGAGCAAGGAGUGCCAAUCCUGUGGGACAUUCUUUCAUUACCUUACCAGUCUGUGAGAGGACAAAAGCUGGAGAAUGGGGUGCACAGCAAAUUAAAAAAGAGGUGAAGACAAUAGAGGACAAGACCUCCACUAGUUCAACCCCUUUCAGUAUUUCUCAGCUGUUGACCCCAGUGAUACCUUCCAGACAUGGUACAGGAACCUCAGAGAUACUGCAAGCUGUGCUCUCCCCCUCUGCUCUGGAAGUUCCACCCCUUACAGAAAGAAAUAUGCAUCCAUCACCUGAGAUUAAGCGAGAGGGGUACAAGUCUAUAGCAUCGGGCUUGUUGUUUAAUCUCAAGGACAACAGAAAGCGAGUUAAGGCCAUGUAUAGUCCACCCAAAUUUAAAGGUUCGGAUGUGGCAGGUCAAAGCAAAGAAUCUCCCCUACCAGAAAUGUCAGGUUCAAAAGAUGCACUUGGCAUUCCAGAGAUUUCAGGAGCUAAAACAAUUUCACCAGCUUUUCAAAAGGCCACAAUCUCUACAAUGAGUCCCCUCUUGGAAACUGAAGACCCUCAAAAUUCUUCUCCACAGGGAUUCACAAAUGAAGGUAUGCCUGAUGACUUUUUGGCAUUAGGUCUUCUGCAGUCAAAUAGGCCUUUAAAAUCACACAGAAGCCCUUUGGCGAACAAAGUUGCUUAUCCUUCAUUACAGCUGUAUCGAAAGGCUACUCCUGAGGAAACUCUUUUCAGAGCAAAUAGUCAAACUGUGGUGGACAUCAGCUCACAAGUUUUGAAAGAUAAAGCCAGCAAUCCAGAGCACAUCAAGGAUCAGGACACUCACAGUAAAUUAUUUAAAGAGCUGCAAGGGAAAACAUCCUAUUUAAAAACAGAAAGGACUCCUGAAAACAACUCUGUACAAAGUCCAUAUGCAAGUUCAACAAAAUCUGAUGAACAAACCACCAGUGCACCAGAACAAAUUAGUAAUGGUACAGAUCAAAAUAGGUUAAAAACCAAAGAAACAGUCAGCACACAGAAAAGCCCUGUCAAAGUAAAAGAAUCCACUAAAAAGGAAGAAGGCUCAAAGCACUUAUUUUCUGCAAGACAGCACAACUACAUUAAAAGUCAGAGAUUUGUAAAUACUGAGGAUGAUGAUAAUGACCAUGAUGAUGGUUCAAAUGCAGACAAUGUCCUGCUGUCUAUGAAUGACAAAACUUGCAAUGAUGAAUUGCCUUGGGAUUCCAAAAAUACAAAAACAAAAAAGAUAAGGCAGGAGGAACAUAACACAGGGUUUCAUCAAGAUAAAGUGGUUGGUGCACAACUACUGAAUGAAAGUGUUGAUGUAAAAGAAGAGACUACAACAGCAAAGAAACAGAGCAGUAUCCUAUCAGGAGAGCAAGGAGUAAAUGAGGCCUUCUUCAUGAAAGGAAACACUUCUGCAAAAAGAGCAGUAUUUGCAUCAAAGGAACAGGUGCCAAAUAAGACAACCUUACCCCAGAAGAAAGUUAGCACUACUGUUAUGGAUAAGUAUGACUUGGCUAAAAUUGCUUUAGAGGAAGUAAUUGCUGAAAGAGAGCAAAGAAAAUUUAACAGUAAUGUGGUCUUAAGUGCAGAAGGUUUACUCAUAGAUAGAAUCAAACCUGGUUGUGAAAAACCACAAUGUGGUAACAAGUUACUUACCAAUGGAGAGGACCAACAGAUUAGUAUGUUCAUGCCGAGUAAGACAAAAGAUGGGGAAGGUCAGAAUAAUGUAUCUGCAUUAAAAACAAUCAGGCAAACUGUUCAAAUAAAUUCAGAGGAUGUGGUGCGCAAACAUGGUGAAAGUCAUGUGUCUGAAGAAUUAGGCAUUGAGAAAAAGGGUAGUACAUAUAAACCUGAGAUACCCCCGAGAAGAGGUAGAAGUGAUUUUAAAAAUAAUGCUGAAGUAGUUGAUAAGCCAAUAAGAAAUAAAGAGUUAAGAAAAGAAGAUGACACAUCAGUCAAAGCUGAGAAAAGGGAAAGUAGGGAAGUCAGCAAAGCUAGGCGAAGCCAAUCAAAAAAUCGGGGCCCAGUAAGAGGCAAUGUAUCUGCUUUAAAAGAGAAAUAUGACAAAGAAAGUGGGGUGCAGAAAUAUCAGUCUGCUGAAGGUACAAAUUCGAAAAAAUCUAAAGAGAGACCCAAUGAGCAGCCUCCACAAUGCAAAAUGAAACCAGAACAACCCACUAUACCAGAACUCACAGUCAGUCCUCCUGAAAUUGACACUUAUUCUAUUAUCCACAAGGAGAUUUAUUCUGGGAAUAAAAUAACUCGUGAUAGCCCUUCCAAAGCCUAUGAAAAAGCUUGGGAUGAAUGUGGAUCCCAGAGAGAACACAACGACACACAAGACUUCCAAAAGACUAUCAAGGAUCUCACAAACAACAGACAUGAAAUGCAAGACUGUAAAGUAAAUGGGACAGAGAACAGGGAAGAAGGUUCUGUAAAAUUGAAGUCAGGAGAGAGCCAUAGCAAAUCCAAUGGUCCUUGCAAAAGCCAUGUAAAAGAGUUUUUAAAUGGACUUUUUGGACUUUCAAGUACAGAAAAAGCCAAAGCUGUGGAUGAACAUGGGAAAGAACUUACUGAAGUGGCUUUGAAUUCCUUUGAAUCUAUCAAAGCAGACCAAAGCAGUAAAGACAGCAUUACAAUACAUGACAUUCUUGGACAAUCUCACUCAUUAUCCUUAUUAAAUAGUAAACAAACAUCUGACAGCGGUCAGUCUUCAAACACAAAUGAACUCUUGCAAGAAUCACAACAGGGGACGCUUCUAGAACAUCUGUCAAAUGAAGCAAACUCAAAAGGAAAAGGAGAGGGUAAGGAGGAUUUCUUAAAAUCAAAAAUAGAUUCCUACACCUGCAGCCACCAUGAUAGGGUGGUUUCACCACCCGAUAAUGUGGAGAAAAAAGGAUGGGUGCACUGCCUAAUUGAGUCCGCUCGAAAUCUAACACAAAUAUCACAGAAUCACAUCUCCUCCAAGGAUCUACUUGAGACGACUCAACCACUGCUUCAGAGGGAGAGUUUAAAUAGAUCUGAAAAUGGCCAAGAAGAUCUGGACCUCUUCAAGGAGUGCACAACAGAUACCAUGUCUGCUAUACCAGACAAGACCCCACAGUCAAACCAACAGGCAAUGCAUCUCUUGUCUCCUCUAUCCCCUAAACUUACCGCAGUCAAGGAGGGAAAGCUGUCGGUUGGAAGUAUCUCUAUGUCUGAAGAGGAUGAGCAACGUUCUGCAGUGAGCACUUUAUCUGAGGAGGUGGACAGUUAUGAAGCAAGCAGAGGAGAUACAUUUGAGGAGAACAUUUCUAGCACUGCACUGACAGAUGCAGAGGGGUCCAAGGCACCCAGUGAAAGAUCUGGUUCAGUCUGCAGCGGCAUUGACGGUCACAGUCAGAACAAGCCACCUGCUGUUCCUCCAAAAACCGAGAAGGCUCUGCGCCGUGCCAUGAAGCUUAACAACAGAAGGAUACAAAAAGCUGAAGCCAAAAGCAAACCUGAGCGUAAAGGUAGGAGCAAUGACAAAAGUGUCUCUCACAAACCUGAGAGAAGACAUCAUAGCACUGAUAAAAUACAAAGUGACAGAUCAGAACAAGGGGCGCUUAGCAGUGACAGACACAGCAGUGAACAUCUCAGUGACACACCUGAGGCCAGAACGCAAAGAAGUGAGAAACAUUCUAGAAGCCACAGUAGUCACAAGAGCCAAAACGUAGAGGAAAGUGAUCAUCGUAAACAAUUACAACGUGCCAAAAGCCAAGACAGACAAACCAACAAAGAGGUUGAUUCAAAGAGUCACAGCACUGAGAAGCGACAACACCAAAAAUCAAACCACAUAGAUAAUUUAGAGAACAGUAUUAAAAAUAACAACACAGACCGACUGAGUCGAACCAAUGAGAAAUCUGGACCUAGAAAACUGGAACGCAGGACUCAAAGUUUGGAUAGAUUUUUAAGGGAUAAGCCUGAAAGCAAGUCUACCAAUGUUGAAAAAAGUGGACAGUUAACAGUAGAAGAAAUGCAUUGCUCUACUUCAAAGGCAUUGCCUUUGCGACAACACAGCAAUGAACAUACUUAUCCAUCAGCUAGCAAUGUUGUAACACAGUCCUUCCCAAUCACCCAGCGGAAGCUUUUACAGGACCCUGACUCAGGACAGUACUUUUUGGUGGAAAUGCCUGUACAGGUCAAGACUAAAACUUUCUUUGACCCGGAAACUAAAAGUUAUGUGCAACUGCCAGUACAGUCUCCAGAGGGUGCUGUUCAACAAGCCCCGUCAUUAGAGGUUAUAAAUACACCACCACUUGUGCUAUAUCAUGGCUUUGUUCCUGUGCCUGUCUCAUCCUUACCAUCACAAAAAUCCAUCAUCAGGACUUCAGGAUCUAUGUUUACUCCAGAUGACCUGGAUGACUUUGAAACUGGCAAGAAACAAAUGCAAGAUGACUUUUAUCAGAAAAAAGAGAUGAAUUCUUACAAUGAGCCGGUUUAUGUAUCACAAGAACAUACACCUGAGGAUGAAAUUGAUAGUGUGAGAUAAAACAUUAUGGACCAGAUGGUCCAGAGAUGAAAUGUGACUGGAUUCAGGGAUUCGUUGCAUUAAAUUCAGAAUAAUCUUUUCACUAUUAUUAAUAUUUGCAGUCUUGUGCAACAUGGAUUGUUUUGUAUGAAUGCUGUUUAUUGUUAAUUUAAGAAAGAAAUGCAGAUUGUAAAUGUUUUAUUUCUAUUGAAGUAAGGCAAUAGCGUAGCUUUCUUACAGUUUAAGCACUAGACUAAUUUGUUGAAAUGGGAGAUUUCUUUUUGUUUGGCAAGUCAUAACUUAACAGAUUAUUUUGAUCUUGUAUUUGAGGAUUUGGACAUCCAUGUCUAUAGUAUUUUUCACAGCUGAGCAAGUACUGGGAAAUUAAGACCUAUAGUAGGUGUUUAUAGUAUAUUUGGCAGAUGUUGUUUGCAUCACUUUAAAAGAUGCAUUUUUGGAAUGAUUUAAUAUGAAAGAACCAUUCCAAUAAAAAAAACAAUAAACAAGCUAGUGUUUGUUUUUGUUAGUUUAUUCGUAAUGCUACCUCGAUUAUUUUAUCCUAAGAAUCACUUCCAGCUAAGGAUGUUACAAGGUUAUUAUAGCGGCGCCAAAUGGCAAUUAGGGGCUCUGCGUAUGUUUCUUUCUCCCAAAACUGGUGGACAGUCUGGUACUAGAAUUAGACCAGUUUGGUUGAAAAGUAAUUCAACAACUGACAAGUCAGUUACUGUAGGUCAGUUUGUCUUAUUUUUAUCUUUAAAAUAAAAAAUAAAUUUAUAAAAAAUAAUAUGGUAAUUGUCAUGACAUGCAAUACUGUUUAGAAGUUAAGUUGACUGUUUUUGUGCCUGACCUGAUAACAUAGCAAAUUCUAUUUGUGGCAUCACAAACCCUAAAGCUACAAAAAUGUAUGUCGCAUUGUCACCGAGACAAUAAAAAAAAUCCAGUGAAACAUUUUAACUAUAACAAAAGAUGGUAAAAUAAAUAAA